AUGAACAAUUCACACACGUUGAAAAAAAGAAACAGAGUAGCAGAAAAAGAACGAAAUAAAAAAAAAUUACUUCUCAAGUCAGCUCAAAAUUGUACAAAUAUUUCGUUAUUUAAUUCAGCCGGUAAUUAGUUAAUAUUUUUUACUGUAUAAAUUUACGGAAAAUUAUCUUUAAAAUAUGAAAACGUCGAAAAUCAGUAGGAAUUAUUAUGUUGAUUAUUAUUAUUUUUAUUUAAAAUAGGUCAAACCAAAAAACUUACAGCAGAUUCACAUGGCAAAUAUGAGGAAAAUAAUUUAAAAUUACAGAUGCUUUCAAACACAACACUUAAUGGUAAAUUAUUAUUUUAAAAUAAAAAUUGUCCAGUGCUCAUGUCAGUUAUGUUUAAUUUAAAAUAGAUCAAGCUGCAGAUAAUUAUACAGUAAAAUCAAAUGUGUGUUUAACUGAUACUGAUCUGCCUACUAAUUCAUAUACAGUACUUGAAGGUAAAUUAUUAUUUUAAUUAUUUUAAAAUAAGAACUGUCUAGAUGUCUAGUGUAAUAAUAAUUAAUAAAUAAUACAUAUCAUUGAACAGAAAAAACAUUUUUGAUACAUUAGGGUAGAAAAACAACAUACAAUUUAUAUAAAUGUGAAAAACUUUUUCUUGUAUGAAAUCACCAAAUUAACAAAAACCUACCUUGUUUAUAAACAAUUUUAUAAAUAAUAAAAAUUAUGAAAAUACUAUAUUAGUAAUGUGUAAAUAAAUAUUUUUAAAUAGAUCAAACUAAAACCACAUUAUUCCAUAUUUGUUAAAACCUAAACCAAUCAGUCUUAAAUACUUUUUCAAUCUACAUCCAGUUCAACCUUGUGACUAUUCAAUUUUACCAUUUGUUAGUAGAAAAGUAUUUAUCCAUAAAAAUAAAACAGUUAAAACCUCGUGUACAUAUGACAAAACUAACAGGAAAAUGUUUUGUUCGGUUUGCUUAGUUUUUUUUGUAAAAACUAGCCCUUUUAUUUGUGGAAUGACCGAUUGGAAACAUAUUUACCAACGAAUCACUGAACAUGAAAAUACCAAAAGUCAUGUACAAUGAUGUGAUGUCUAUUUCAUGAAUUGUCAUCAAAAAGAUAUUGGUAGUUUAUUAAACAGUAAUCAAAUACAUUUACAUUGUUAAGAAGUAAAUAAAAAUCAGAAUAUCGUAGAACGAAUAAUUGAAGUUAUUAAAAUAAUAGGAAAACGAGGUUUAAGCGUUAGGGGAAAAUGUAAUGAGGCAGCAUAUUUUCUAAGAGAUCCUGCAUUAGACAACGGUACCUUUUUGGAAAUGAUUAUAUUGUUGAUUAAGUAUGAUGCAGUGUUAAAUGAACAUUUAAAUAUAAUUAUUUACACAAGUGAAAACAUUCAUUUAAAAGGAUCUAAAGGAAGAGACAACUUUGUGACUUUUCUUAGCUAUUAAUCCAUUGACAAUAUCACCUUAACAAUUUCGUUAAUAAUAAUAAAACAAAUAAUAUCUGAGCAAAUCUCAACAGCUGGUAUGUUUUUAGUCUUAAUUGAUACCACUCAAGACUUCUGUGAUAGAUCAUUGUUCUAAUAUUCUUUGCUGUGUUUUUUAUAGAAAAAUUAAUUAAAAAUUAAUAGCUGUUAAAUGUUGUACAGAAUCUAUUGGAAAAGGUAUGAUGGAACUUUUACAAAGUGAUAUGAAUGAAGUUAACAUUGAUACAUCAAAAUGCAUUGGUAACGCAACUAACAGAGCAGCAAAUAUGCAAGGUGUAUAUACUUAA